UUUCUAUUGGCUGGUUUGCUUGAGGAGGUGAUUUACUGUUUACAGUUUUCAAUUCAGUGGUGUAGGUGUUUUUUUUCAGCUACAUUUUUUUUGAUUUUGUGAACAGUAAUUUUUCUUUUGGUAAUUAGGCUUUUGUUAAUUAGUGUUAAUUAGUUUGAAGAUGAGUUUAAGGUGAAGUUCGAAAACGAAUGUUGAACAAUUAUGCCAAGCAUUAGAGCUCCAGCGACCAAGAGAACCACAACUCUUAGUGUGGCUGUUAAAUGUAGGCCAUUAACUGGGAGAGAACGAGGCCGUGAUAUAGUUAGAGUGCACGAUGACAAGGAAGUGCUUGUUUUGGAUCCUGACCUUUCGAAGGGCUACCUAGAUCGCAUACAGAAUCGAACCAAGGAGCGUAGAUACGCUUUUGACUAUGCAUUUAGCCCUAAGUCUUCAAAUUUGGAUGUUUAUACGAGAUGUAUACGUUCCACAAUUGCUGGGGUUGUGCAAGGUCUCAAUGCAACUGUAUUUGCUUAUGGUUCCACCGGAAGUGGCAAAACAUAUACGAUGGUUGGAAUUCGAGAUGACCCUGGACUUAUGGUCCUCAGUCUAAACACAAUAUUUGAUCUCAUUCAGAAAGACAACAGCUCUGAUAAUUUUGAAGUUACCUGUUCAUACCUCGAAGUCUACAAUGAGGUCAUUUACGACUUGCUUGAAAAAUCAUCAGGUCACUUGGAACUACGUGAGGAUCCAGAACAAGGAAUAAUUGUUGCUGGCCUUAGAAGCAUCAAGGUAAAUUCAGCUGAUAGGAUACUUGAACUUCUGCAUUUGGGGAACAGUAGACGUAAGACCGAAAGCACAGAGGUUAAUGCAACUUCCUCGCGCUCCCAUGCUGUUCUGGAGAUAAAUGUGAUGAGAAAACAGCAAAAGAAAUAUCCCAACCAGGUUAUAAGAGGAAAGCUUGCAUUAGUGGAUCUUGCUGGCAGUGAACGAGCAUCCGAAACAAAUAGUGGGGGCCAAAAAUUGAGAGAUGGCGCUAAUAUAAAUCGAUCACUUCUCGCUUUAGCGAAUUGUAUAAAUGCUUUGGGGAAACAACAGAAGAAGGGCCUAGCUUAUGUGCCGUACCGAAAUAGCAAGUUGACACGGAUUCUUAAAGAUGGUCUGAGUGGUAAUUCUCAAACAAUUAUGAUAGCCACCAUAUCUCCAGCUGACAAUCAGUAUCACCAUACGGUCAAUACUUUGAAGUAUGCUGACCGAGCAAAGGAAAUUAAGACACAUAUCCAGUAUGUUUCUCAGAAAAACAUAGGCACGAUAAAUGCUCAUGUAUCAGACUAUCAGAAGAUGAUUGACAAUCUUCAGGGUGAGGUUAGCCGGUUGAGAAAGGAAUUAGCUGAAAAAGAUUCUCAGCUUAACGCCAAACCUACUGAAAAAACAUCGGAUAAUGAUACAUCUUGGUUGAACUCACUGAGUCAAGAAACCAGUGAAAAUGUCCAGGAAAGGAUAAAUUUACAGAAGGCUCUAAUCGAACUCGAAGAAACUAAUCUUCGGAAUAGAAAGGAACUCCAACACCUUGAUGAUGCUAUUGCAAGACAACAGGUUAUAGAAAAUGAUGGAGCUGUUGUACAGACUUUGCAAGCAAGGCGGCAAGUGAUUCUUGAUAAUAUUCGUGAUAACGAUGAACUUGAUGUUAGUUACCACAAGGAAAUUGAGGAGAAUGAGAAACGUAGGUGUCAACUGCAAGCUAUGAUCGACGAAGCCAUUAGAAACAAUGGCAACAAAUCCUAUUUGGGCAUUCUGAGUCAAUACCGUCUGCUGGGAAUUUCCAACACCGAACUUCAAUUCGAAAUGGCAAUAAGGGAUCAAAUAAUUUACAGCCAAAGAGAAGCACAGCGAAAUCUAUGGAAUCUUCUCAUGAGCUUAGGGCUCGACGAAAAGCACAUAGUAGAGCUCGGAGCAAAGCAAGGAAUAACCUUCGAAGACAUCCAGAUGUCAGCACCGUUCGGGCUAUCUAACUGCGCCCACAGCCCAAACCCGUAUUCCGAAAGAUACCCUCCAUCACAUCACUCAGUAUUAAACGGUCAACCUAGUGCUGCAUCGUCACCUGGAUUUUCUCCUCAAGAUGGAGAAUUCAGUUUAAGAUCUCCCGCCGUGGAAAAAAGGAAUAUUCCACCCGGAUUCUUCCGAGAGGAGCACCAUUCAUCGUAUUAUUACAUAUCAGCCAAUCAGCAGUGGUAUGGCAAUCAACCAAGUUCUUGUUUCGGUGCUCUUCAUCAACAACAGGAUUCGUGGGUAGUGAAUAAUAGGCAAGAAGUGAACAUGGAUUCUUGUAUCGGAAUGGGUAGCAAGAGAGAUGCAUCCAGAGGUUAUUUUGGUAAUCUUCCUGCGGAUGCUGCUUCAAAGUUUAAGGGAAGAAGGCAGUUUUAGUGCUACUUCAUUUCUUCUUUCUCUCUCUUCAAAUGUACAUAUUUCAAGUAGUUUUAGGAGUAAUUGAAAUAGAUUUAAUUUUUGUUUUAGGGCAAAUGGGAUUUAAGCUCAUUCUUUUGUAGCUCAAUUCAUUUGUUAAGUCAUUAAGAGUUGUUAAGUCAAGGUGUUUGCAAAAUCAGCUUUUGCUUUCUGCUUCUUUUAAAAUAAGUUGUUUUAGGCUAUAAUUUGAAAAGCACUUCUAAACCUGCUUUUUCAAAUUAAAGCUGAUUUCCAA